GCCGGACCGCCGAUCCCGGAGCCGUCGUAUGUCGUCAGUUCCGCUCGACGGUGCCGGUCUGGAGAAAGUGGGCUGGACGUAGCCAGCGACUGGUUAACAUACACAAAAAAGGCAAGAAGGCGGCGAAGGGGGGCAUUCGGCCAGUCAUGCAUUAAAACAACAUAACGGGGGAAAUAAUCAAACUGUCAUUUUGUGAAUGUAUGUAGCUGGGAGUCUUGUUCGGAUUAAGGAAAAUAAAAUCCGGGUUGUCGGAGACUGAUCGUCAGCACUGGUGGAACACACUGGCUGGCUUGUCUGUGUAAUUGGGAAGCCUGGACUGAGCCACACCCCCUUGCCUCCCCAGGCCAUAAAUUGCCAGCAUGGCUGAGAGCAUAAUGAGCAAGGCAGCCACUAUGGAGAUAGCCAUCAAUAGCAACGGAGACUCGGGGGCCCUCCCAGAGGACGACAGCCUUGAACAGGCUGCACAAGGUCAGUGGCACAUAAAUGAGAAGGUAGGGAACCCCACAGUGACCAGGGAUCUCCAACAGGUGAUGGUGUCCGGGCCAAACCUAAAUGAGACCAGCAUCGUCUCAGGCGGGUAUGGAGGCACUGCGGAGGGCAUCAUCCCAACCAGCUCCAUUAAAGGGCCCGCCAUCCAUCUCAACCCAGGAUAUCUGGGAGGCAGGCGAAUCCCAGCCCCUGGACAAGGACCCACCAUGCACCACAGCAGCACCAGCUCGUCGGCGAUGGCUGAGGAGGCCACCAGGGGCGUCGCCGUGGAGAAGUUUGACAUUAUGAAGAAGUGGGGUCUCAACACCUACAAGUGCACCAAGCAGAUGAUCUCAGAGCGCUUCGGCCGGGGCUCCAGGACAGUGGACCUGGAGCUGGAGGCUCAGAUCGACGUGCUGCGGGACACCAAGCGCAAGUAUGAGAACGUAUUGCGGCUGGCGCGGGCGCUUACCAACCACUUCUACAGCAUGGUGCAGACGCAGCACGCGCUGGGCGACACCUUCGCCGACCUCAGCCAGAAGUCGCCCGAGCUCCGGGAUGAGUUUGGGUACAAUGCAGAGACUCAGAAGCUGCUGUGCAAGAAUGGUGAGACUCUGCUGGGUGCCAUUAACUUCUUCGUGUCCAGCAUCAACACGCUGGUCAACAAGACCAUGGAGGACACGCUCAUGACCAUCAAGAUGUACGAGAAUGCAAGGCUGGAGUUUGAUGCGUACCGUGCGGAUCUGGAGGAGCUGAACCUGGGUCCGCGGGAUGCAGUGACCCUGGCUCGCAUCGAGACGGCGCAGCAGGAGUACCAGACCCACAAGGACAAGUACGAGAGACUGCGCAGUGACGUCUCGGUCAAGCUCAAGUUCCUGGAAGAAAACAAGGUGAAGGUGAUGCACAAACAGCUCCUCCUCUUCCACAACGCCAUCUCCGCCUACUUCGCCGGCAACCAGCAGCAGCUGGAGCAGACGCUCAAGCAGUUUAACAUUAAGCUGAAGCCUCCAGGCUCGGACAAACCGUCUUGGCUGGAGGAGCAGUGAAGGUCUCAGCAUUGCCAACCGCCGUCCCAAAUCCUGGAACCACCACCACCUCCACCACCCACUUCUGUUCCCAGUCUCCACCCCUUUGCCCUGCAGGAGACCACGCAGGCAGACGGGAUGUACACAGGCCAAGAUGGACGCCGAUAGGAGGGCCAACGGCAGCCAGACCUUGAGAGACCAGCACUCCUGAAUAAAAAAAUGGGGUUUCAUUA